AUGUCUGCUACACAUAAGCUGCUUCACUUGGUGAAGUUCAGGUGUCUGUGGACCAAUGUGCGGAGAAAGGUUACCACCUGGUCGCCCGUUGGAGCUGCUUUUAAUGUCAAACCUCUCAAGAGGCUUGAGCUGUUUGAGAAAAACGUGGGUUUGUUUGGAGUGCCAGAGCUCAGCUGUCCUGCUGGCUUCCAGGUAGCUACACAAACAGCCCUGAGAAACACUGAGCUCCUGCUGCACAGAGUCUGCUGCAGCCCCCCAGGUCUGGAGACAGUUCAGUGUUUUGACCAGCUCUCUGAUGGGUUGUGCAAAGUGGCUGAUCUGGCAGACUUUAUAAAAGUGGCCCAUCCAGACCCAGCAUACCGCGAAGCUGCGGAGAAGACCUGCAUAGAGAUUGGCACAGUUGUAGAGAAGCUGAACACUAAUGUGGAGUUAUGCAAGAGCCUGAAAAAUUUACUGGACAACCCAAAAGCUGUGGCAGAGCUGGACACUGACACAAAGCGAGUGGCAGAGUUAUUCAUGUUUGACUUUGAAAUUAGUGGAAUUCAUCUGGAUGAUAAACUGAGGAAAGAAGCUGUCGCUCUUCACGUUAAGCUCCUGGAUCUAAGCAACGAGUUUCUGAUUGGUUCCCACGUGCCCAACAGGAUUGCAAAGUCUGUGAUCCCUGAACAUCUGCAGGUCCACUUCGCAAGUGAGGGAAGCUUCAUUCAAAUUGGAGGAUUGCAUGCAGAUUCCCCUGAUGACUUGCUACGAGAGAUCGCGUACAGGAUCUACCUCUAUCCUAACGCUGACCUCAUGGCGUGUCUUGAAGAGCUGCUGAGGUGCAGAUAUAAACUAGCAAAACUGGUGGGCUAUGACUCGUACGGACACAGAGCACUAAAGGGAACCAUGGCCAAAAAUCCAGAAACUGUGAUGAGCUUUCUCCAGCUGUUGACAGACAAACUGUCGAAGAGAACAGCAAAGGAUUUUCAGAUGAUGAGAGAAAUGAAGAAGAAGCUCAACCCUCGUAAUGCUGAGCUGAUGCCCUGGGAUCAUCCGUUCCUCAGCGGUGUCCUGCGUGCUGAAAGGUACAACAUUGAGCCAAGCCUGUACAGCCCGUACUUCUCUCUUGGUGCUUGCAUGGAGGGCUUGAACAACCUUUUCUCCCAGCUGUACGGUGUCUCCCUCAUGUCGGAACAUCCAGGCGCUGGAGAAGUGUGGAGUGAAGACGUCCGCAAACUGGCUGUGGUGCAUGAAACUGAAGGGUUGUUGGGAUACAUCUACUGUGACUUUUUCCAACGACGAGAUAAGCCUCACCAGGACUGUCACUUUACCAUCCGGGGUGGACGCUGGUGCCAGGAAACGGACCAGUACCAGCUGCCAGUUGUGGUUCUGAUGCUGAGUCUCCCCCACCCUACGAAAAGCGCCCCCACUCUGCUCACUCCAGGCAUGAUGGAGAACCUCUUCCACGAAAUGGGCCAUGCCAUGCACUCCAUGCUAGGCAGGACUCGCUACCAACACGUGACAGGGACCAGGUGUGCGACUGAUUUUGCUGAAGUCCCCUCCAUCCUCAUGGAGUACUUCGCCACAGACUACCGAGUCAUCAGCCAGUUUGCCCGUCAUUAUGAAACCGGACAGCCUCUGCCUGAAAGCAUGGUCACUCGCCUCUGUGAGUCCAAGAAGGUGUGCGGAGCGGCAGACACCCAGCUGCAGAUUUUCUAUGCAGCCUUGGACCAGAUCUACCACAGCCAACCGCAGAACCGUUCCACAACAGAAAUCCUUAAGGAGAUGCAGGAGAAGUUCUAUGGCUUGCCUUAUAUACCCAACACGGCGUGGCAGCUGAGAUUCAGCCACCUGAUUGGCUACGGGGCCAAGUACUACUCGUACCUCAUGUCUCGGGCCGUGGCCUCCAUAGUGUGGAAGCAGUGCUUCGUUCAAGAUCCGUUAAACAGGGAGAUGGGUGAUUGGUACCGACGGGAGAUGCUGGCCCAUGGAGGAGCCAAAGAGCCGAUGCUGAUGGUGGAAGGCAUGCUGCAGAGACGGCCCAGCAUGGAGGACUUUGUGGACGCGCUGGUGUCUGAGCUCAACCUAAACUUUGAGGCCUUCCUCAUGGACUCUGAAAGCUGAUGAGAGGGAAGACACAGAGGUGUUUUCUGGCCACGUCGUCACCUGGAGUCAUAUUGACUUUAAUGUAACUCAUCCAUUCUUCUUUUGACACAAUAUGAAUUAAAGAUUUUGUCCCUGACAACUGAAAGUCAUGGUAAAAA